AUGAGUGGGGUAAUGGAAGCCGGUCAAAAGUGCGUGAGCGGCGUCUGCUGCGAUUGCUGGACCAACGGAUGUGGUUGCAAUGGUGCCUUCGGGGCGAUUGCCGAUGGCCUGGAAGCCGUAAAUCCAGCUAUGGAGUACUGCGCCGACUGUAUUUGGCUCAUGGGUUCGCCGCUGGCAUUUCCACUCGUGUUCUGCUUUCCUGCCGGACCGGAAACGGAUCCCCCUGGUGGUGGUUGGCAAAUUUCCAUGCUGUCCGCUCCGCUGAAACGACCGCUGAAGUGCUUGCUGUAUACGGCAUGUACACCGUGUGGGCAAUGGCACAUGCGUCGGAAAGCUUUGAAGGGAGACAUGACCAAGUACAAGUUGUGGCAAGGGAUGCACGAUGGUCCACAGUGCUGUGCUCGGCGUUGUCCGGGAGCGCCGAUCACGAUUGAAGCCGGCACGUACGGUGAACAGGACUGCCCUAAUCUCUUUCUCUGUGCUGAAGUUACAUGUCUCGCUGGAAUUUGGUCAACCUGCUGCGCCUUUCAAGUGACUCGCCGAUUGAUUAAGGACGAAUACAAUCUGGGAACAGAUCCAACCGAGCAUCGGGUCAAUUCGUGUAUCAGAUUCUUUUCGCGAUUGGCCGCACAGUUGUGUGGUUGCGCCAUUUGUUUACGCUGUUCAUCUUGCCUCGUUGGUUGCUGUGCCCCGGAUUCUGAAGGAGCGCAGGAAUGCAGUGGCGAGGCUGGACGGGCUAGUCGCGCAUGCUUUCAGUGUGUACGAAUUUGCUGGCGUGGGAUUUGGUCAGUUAAGAUUCUCGCGAUGGGGUGCAUGUCGGCUCAGCAGGACUAUGAGCUCGUGUAUGACCAACCACUCACUGUCAAACCGGUGGUAGUAUCCAAUAAAAUGGAACGUGGUCAAGAUGAGCAAAUGGAGAGAGGAGCAGUAAGUGGGGAAGAGGACGACUCGUGGUGGAAGAAGCCACCACCAGCUCAGGGACCUUCAAGAAACUAA